ACUUUUCUCGACCAGCGUGUCAGUCGGUAUAGAGGAGGCGCUGAACGCAUUACACAUACACACUCACGCCGGCUCCCUCUCACACACACCCUUGGACUCCGCUACGCUAGGGAACGCCAAGAAAAACUUACGCUAACUUGAAAGAAAAAUAAUGACACCAGGUUUACAUUCCUCUCCUAAAGCAAACAUGAGUGACGCGUGUUGAGUGGAUAAUUUAUGCAUCAUCAGUACUGUGUCUCUAUUUGUGUUCGUCCUGUCGCAGUGUUUGUGGAAAUGUCUUAAGCUGGAUCGUUGUGCUCACGGUGUUCUUGAGGAGGGUAUUUUGUUAACAGUUUCUCGUGGUGUCAGUGCGUGAUAAACAGUAAAGAGGGAGAGAGGUACUGAGGGAGAUCCAUCGUCUGUGCCCAUCUAUCUUCGCAUCCUCCUCAUCCUCUUCGUUCUCCUCUCCUUUCUUCUGUAGUCAAGCCACCAACUCCUGUAUCCCCAAGUCAUGAGUCCUUCACUGAGCUGGGUGCUGGUGACAGAUAAGGUUGUAUCGCUGGCUUCGUGGCUCGUGCUUGUGGUGGUGGUGGUGGUAACGUCCUCCCGUGGCGCUGAGGCAGCGCAGGCUGAGGGGCGUUUCAGCGUUGACUUCUCCGCUGUCAAGGCCCCAGAGCACCGUCAGGCUGUCCAGGAGCUUCAGGUGGCGUCUCUUUUCGCCGUGCCCUCCACCACCACCUUCACCCUACUCCUCAACGCGCCUGCCAGAAAAGUCUUGCAGCACUUGUUGGAGGACACAGACGGUGAGCCGGAAGAGUCUUCACAGCAAGAACAACAGCAGCUACAACAACAACAACAACAACAACAACAACAACAACAACAACAACAACAACAACAACAACAACAAGUACAGCAGCAGCAACAACAACAAGGGCAAGAACAAGAGUCUCACCGACAAAAAUGGCAGCGACAGUUGUCACAGAACCGGCAGCAGCAGCAACAAAAACUACAGGAGCCACAACAUCAGCAACAACAGCAUCAGUCCCUUGACUCGGAUAGCCCUCGUAACAAGGAUAAUCAGACGAACAUCAAAGUGGAAUCUGAAGUUGAACUUGAAGGGCAAAAACUUGACCGCAACUUUUUCGGCCUUGUGGACCCUGAACUGAAGGUCAAUUGGGAUGAGGUGAAUGAGGAAGACCAGGAGAGUGUGGCGUCCAUUCUCAGCUCGGUGUCUUCUGGCUUCGACAUAACGCUGGCGGCCGACGACGACACGUUCGAGGAAGUGAUGCGAGUCGCCCGCCUCCUGAAGACACACCGCUGGCUGACUCCCGACAGUGUGGCGCGUCCCAAGGUGGGAGCCGUGGAGGAAUAUUUCACCCACCUGCCGGAGGAGCUGGAGCGACAGGUGAAGAACAUGACACGUAGGGAGGAGGAGCCGAUGGAGGAGGGGCGAGGGAGCAGGGCGAGACCUUUGCCUCUCCAGGUGGAUCAGAGUCACUUGUCUCACAUGAUGGAAAACGUUUUCUCGACCCCAAGAAACCAAGCCACGGAUGUCUACGGCAAGUUGGCUGCCGCUGUCUACAUCACAAGGACGUUCGAUUCCCUCGGCCUGAUGGUGGUGGAACACGUGUUUUCGGCGGCGGAAUACAUCCUCUGGUACAACCAGCCUCUGGAGGGUAUCAAUGUAGUGGGGGUGCUGCCGGGACGUCUGUGGGGGACACCAGCGGAUGAGCCUCUGGUGGUGGGGGCUCACCUUGACACAGUCCCUGGCACGCCGGGGCUGGACGAUAACGGCUCAGGUCUGGCAGCGCUAGUGGAGGCGGCGAGUGCCCUGGCCUCCAGCGGGUGUGACUUCGAUUUCACCGUUUUCUUCGUCGCGUUUGAUUUUGAGGAAAUCGGGUCGCAGGGCGCAGUCAUGUUCAUCAAGGACUUCCUGGGACGCUCCAUCAUGCGGCAUUUUGGCAUCAAGAAAAUCACCGGCGCAAUAAUACUCGACUGUGUGGCCAACUGGGACCCGCGGCCACACUCCCAGGAAAUUCCAGAGGCGUGGCAUGAGCUCAUACCAGACGCUGCCAAAAGCCUCGCCCAUAGGAAUUACACAGGGGACUUUGCCACUGUUAUCUAUCGUGGGCCAGUCGACUCUCACAUUGCAGAUAGGUUGGAGAAAUAUUACGAUGGGCUCGGCGAUCCGGAGUACCGCAUGGAGCUGUUCAAGUUAAUGCAGCUAAAAGAGGACCUGCCUGACGGGAACUUGGUCCUCUCCCACAAAGACUUCAUCCGCUCCGACCACAUCCGCUUCUGGUACCUCAAUGACACCUCGCUACCCGUUUCCACAAUCCCCGCCAUCCUCGUGACAGAUAUGGGGCCUUUUCGCGGCAGGAUGAAGGACUGUUACCAUACUUUUUGUGAUGGUCCAAUGGGCAGUGGCGUGGUUGACCUUGGGUUCUUGAAGAAGGUGACCCAGGCCGUGGUGUGGACGGUGGCGGACCUUGCAAGGCUUCGUUGUGGGCGGCUUAGUGCCUCGACCCUCUUUGCUCUCCUGGGCAGCCCUGAAGUGUCCGCUAAAAGGAAGGACCUGCUUCUCUCAACGGUCCAAAAAUCCGUCAGUGUGCUUCACCUCCUGGGCCACGUUCCACCCUCGCCCCCUCAUGGAAGGUAACACACCCUGCGGGACUCCUGAGCUUCCUGAACAAGGGCACGAAAACUUGAAACAAGAAGUUAUCAUAACAUGGCUGAAGGUCUCUCUCUCUCUCUCUCUCUCUCUCUCUCUCUCUCUCGACCCAUAAUGUAAACUAAAAUUAAUAAAGAGUAUUUUUUUAACAUUUUUGG